AUGCCUUUCCUGCAGCUUUUGCUCUAUCAUGGAGAUGCAGAUGGCAAGGGAGUUCUCUCAGAUGAGCAUGUAAUGGCCUCUGCAAAGUGUCAGGCAUUAGCCGAACUCCUCCCCAUUCUACAGCAUGAAGGGCAUCGUGUUCUUAUUUUUAGCCAAUGGACGUCGAUGCUUGAUAUUUUGGAGUGGACCUUGGAUGUUAUUGGGGUCACGUACAGGCGUCUUGAUGGAAGCACUCAGGUGACAGAAAGGCAAACAAUAGUUGAUACCUUCAAUAAGGACUCUUCUAUAUUUGUGUGCUUGCUUUCAACACGAGCAGGCGGACAGGGUUUAAACUUGACUGGAGCUGACACUGUCAUAAUACAUGACAUGGAUUUUAAUCCACAGAUAGAUCGACAAGCUGAAGAUCGUUGUCAUCGCAUUGGACAAACAAAACCGGUUACAGUAUAUAGGUUAGUGACAAAGGAUACUGUUGAUGAAAAUGUGUUUGAGAUUGCAAAUCGGAAGUUAACGCUAGAUGCUGCCGUAUUACAGUCUGGGGUAGAAGUUGAGGAUGAAGGUAUGGUGCCCGAUAAGACAAUGGGAGAGAUUUUAUCAUCCCUGUUGCUUGGCUAAAAUCACAAUCUGGUAUUAGGACUCAAGUACAGUUUCUCCCUUAUCCUCCUCUCCGCCUCGUAUUUUCCCUUUUUUGUGGUGACUUUCUAACUUGUCCUGAGAGGUUAGGAAGGGAUUGCAAGUUGAGAAAGAACAUUGUACGGAGACUUGCAUAAGCUGCAUUGUUGUAACUUAUAGCAGCAAAAUUUUGUUUAUAGUAAUAGAUGAUGCAUAUGGCAGGCAGGCUCCAUCCAUCUUUCCUUUGGUGAGUAAAAAUCGAAAAAUGGGUACACAGUGAAAAUGUGGAUUUAACCGGUUUUGCAGUUA